UGAGGAGCAAUGAUGGAGUAGUAGUCAGAGAAUGGGAGGGGUGCAUUCUCCAGGACAACACUGAGAGUACGAUACUUGUUCCAGUUCUGCUUCACCUCCUUGUCCACUCAGGAGCAAACACUACAUGGAGCAUUGACUGAAAAUUAUAAGUAAAUCACACAAUGGAGGAGGGUGAAGAUUUCUCUCUGUGUGGAAAAGCAGCUGUAACUGAAGCUAAUCUGAGGGAUGAGUACUAUUGGAGGCUUGUUGCAGAUUUCAUUGGUCCUCAGUCGGGGGAAGGAUUAGAGCUUGAAGAAGCACCAUGCAAGAACAGACUUUUGAUUCAAGUAGGACUUCUGAGAGAAGAUAAUAACUUCCCGUGGAUUGCCAUCAUAGAUUGGCUCAAGAAAAUUUUCCCCAAAUAUCAGUCGGCUGAUUUUCGUCGUUUGAUUGAAAGAGGCAUCGCGACAACACUAAGUCUGGGGAGUGAAGCGAGGUUUACUUUUCUGGAAUCAGUUGUCAACUUUAACUUUGUCGGCCCAAUAUGUGAUAGCAUCGGGGUUGAACGACAACAUCUUUUGGAAAUGAGGGAUUUUUCAGAGCGAGCACAAUCAAUCGAAGUCACAAAUGGAUUGAUUCUCGAGUUGAGCAAUUUUGUCACUAGGGAGAAAAUUGCCCCAGUCGUUAUAGUUAGUUGGCUUAGGAACUUCAACCCUGAGUUUUGUAAGAGAGGGGAUAUUCAAAGGGCAUAUAAAGUCCUCAGGGCCAAGAUAAAGAAGUUAAAACUGUACUGCCGCAAUUCAGAAACAAGACGUCACAGGAGGAAUGCAGCGUUGGAAAAUAUGCUUCAAACUCCAUUUGAACUGGUGCGGAAAAAAACACCUAAGUUUGUUGUGAAGAAACGCAUGAGGAGAGAUGACAGCAUCAGUUAUGAAAAAGUUACAAUCAAGGAAGAAUAUGAGAGCUAUGAAAUCAUGCAAGGUGACGGCCCUGAGAUGAACAGAGGAGUCAUAAAGAAAAUAAUACUGAAAGAACAUGUCUCUCUACGUGAUGAAAGUGAUGAGGAUUCGGAUGCAUCCAGCAGUGAAGAGGAAACCUCAGAUAUCAAAGCAGAGGCCCUGACGCUGCUUGACAUUGCAAUGCUGUCAGUCCACAAGCUGUCAGGUGUUUAUGGUGGUAAAACCGCAACCUGCAAGCAAGUUUCCUUGGAUCUCCUCAAAAAUCACUACACUCUAACCUGCAAGGAGCAUCCAGCCAUGGCAGAGUUUGAGAAAAAACUGGACACGCUCAUUGAAGACAUUUCUCUAGCCUCUCCUGUGGUGUUUCUAAACUACAACGCCAAUUUCCUUGUCGACAUGCAUGACGCAGUUGAGCAGCACAUUAUGAGCUUUGAAAAAGAGAUUGUUCUAUCAACUGGAGAGAAACUUGGCCGUGACAAGCUUCCAAAAUUCAAGAACUUUGUGAAUCUGUCAGAAAGUGCCACUUCACGCUACAUUCACAUGGCUUGCGAUAUUUUAAGUCCUCACACCCCUGAUAUGCAAAAUUACAGAAAGCACUGGUUAGCCUUCUGUGAGGAAAAGAAAAACCCCUCCAGACUCACAGUGAAUCAGUCAAACCGAUUCAACAACUACUUCGGAGCUGCAGCGGGUCUGAUUCAUCAUCACAAAGAGAUCGCUCUCUUCUUCUCUGAUUUGCUGUCACUGAACAACGACGAAUGCCCAAAUGUCAUUCUUGAGAGUGUUGCCGCUGAUGCUAACGAUUCUGUGAUUCAGAGCCUGGUGUGUGUUCUGGCCAUUGUUCACUGCAAAAUCCUCGGCCCUUUCUGGCAGCUCCUGAAAAGUGGAGGAGAGUACUCACAGUUCAGCCGGUACAUGCUCUGUCUCUACCAAAAGUACCUUGAUUGGUCCAAAGAUCCUUCAACUCUACUGGAACCUGAAGGGGCCACAAAUGUUUUCCUGCAGUUCCCAUUGCAGGAGAAAACAUUUGAUGGAGUAUUUCAUUACUGUGGUCAGUGGCACACAAAUAGGGACCUAAUCAGAGCUUGCUUGAAGAGAACCAUAAAGGUAAUUGCAACCGUAACUGAGGAACAUCUGAAGGACUUCCUGCCAGGAGGAACAUUUUCUGAAGUCCCAUCACCAGAUUUGAGCUUGCAACUCGUAAGUUGCACCUUCUCUGUCCUGAUGGCGGAGUAUCCCUUUGGCCAUGAAUACCCUUACAAGAACAAGAGACCUGACAAGUCCUCUAAACAGUCCUCGCAGAAAAACUUGUCAUCAGAUAGCUCUCAGGAAGAUGAUGACCGGUCUGGUUCAUUUGACGGCAGCUCUGAUGAGUCCUCCGGUUGGCAUCCUAAAAAGAAUAUACGCCUCGGCCAAAAAGAUGACUGCAGCCCGCAGCUGAAAAAAGCUUACAGCGGCAAAAGAGAAAGGGCUGUAAGAGUAGAGCAAGAAGAGGUUGAGGAGAACAUGGACAGGAAGUACAUAAUAUCUACAGUGAACAGAAAUGGAGGACCAUGCAAGUCACAGCAGGACGUUGACAAAAUGCUGCUGCGUUUUGAUGGAAAACCCCGAGUGGAGAAACGAGAAGCCAUCCGCUGCGAGAUACUGUAUCAGAAAAUGAUUCUCAACAACACAGACCCUCACUUGGAUUGCAUUUUCCGCAACAGCACGCAAAUGGUGCUGAAGCUAAAGCUUGCGCUCCCGCGUGUUAAACCUGGGUACUCUCUUGUUUUGGCACCAAAAAAGACCAAAACAAAGCCUGUGCUGCAAGAACCAGAUGCAACAGGGAAGAGUGAAAGCAGCAGCACGUGAGAGAUUUAAUUUCAUCGAGAAAAAA